AUGCUGGACUUUUCGGAAAGCGACCUGUUGGAGGCGAGAGUCUUCCAGUUGGGAGCUCAACCAGGGGCGAAUCCUCAUCAGAAGGAAUUGAUCCCCCUCAAACAAGCAAACCUGAUUCCCAAAGAUACCUUCAUCUACAAUGCAGACCAGCCCGUCCGUCUCCUCCUUCAUUUAUCAGGCAGCUCUGUCAAGCUGUUUCUCCUGAGCCCGUCCUUCUGGGGGCUCAUGGCCCUGCAUCUGCUGCUCCUGGUGGUCUACUGGAAGGUCGCUAACCAGCACAGCCGCGUUGAUUCUGCCACCGCAAAAGAUUCUGCAUGGCCCUUUCUGCGCACAACGACCUACACUGGCUACCUAGGGACCCUGGUUUCCUUCUGCCUGGUCUUCCAGACUACGCAGAGUUACAACAGGUGCGUGUCAGCUGAAGCCUGA